CGAGCAAAUCAAACCCUAUUGUUAGUGUAGCAACUCUAGCAAGCAAAAUAUUGGACUGCUCAAUAAAAUAAUAAUUUCAUUUUUUGCAGUAAUUUGUAGUUAUUAUAUAUUAGUAGUCGACUCGACGAUGGAGUUUCCACCGUGUCCGCCUUCACUGAAAUCUAUUCAACACUUCCUCAAACUGGCGCAAGAACAUGAUUCUCGCGAUGUCGUCAUUGCUUACUGGGCCCGUCUCUAUGCCCUGCAAAUUGGGCUAAAGGCAUCUUCACAGUCUGCCGAAGAAACAAAAUUGUUGCUGGCAAUUAUGGAUUGGCUGGAGCAGAUGAAGAAACAGCAUGUUGACAACGAGGCCUUGACUAACGACAUCGCUGCACAGGCUCAUAUUGAAAAUUAUGCGCUCAAACUAUUCCUUUAUGCCGACAAACAGGAUCGCGAGGAAAAUUUUGGCAAAAACGUUGUCAAGGCUUAUUACUCCAGUGGUGUGUUGUACGAUAUAUUGCUUACGUUUGGUGAGCUGAGCGAGGAAGCUCUCCAUAAUCGCAAAUACGCCAAGUAUAAGGCUGCCUACAUACAUAAUUGCUUGAAGAACGGUGAAACGCCUAUUCCGGGCCCAUUUCCGGAUGAUGAGUCUGCCGAAUUGGGUGAUAAUCUUGCUAGUGGAAGUGAUAAUGCUGGUGCUGGUGCAGGGUCACAGUCAGAUUUACCCGAUGAAUCACCAUCAGAAGACGUCCAUCCGAUUGCACCAACUACGCCAUCGCCGCCAGCUCCGCACAUAACACCACCGACAGCAGAAGAGGUGCUUAACAACCCGAACAAAUUGCCGAGUCCCCCUGUAGAGGAAGAGAAACCAGGUGGCUUUGAGCCAUAUGUGCCCACGGCACAGCCAAAUGCAGCAACAUAUAUACCGAUCGUGCCAGUUGCAGGCGUUCAAAUAACUCCAGAUCAAAUGAUCACCGCUCAGAAGUAUUGCAAAUAUGCAGGCAGCGCUCUCAACUACGACGAUGUAAAGACAGCCAUCGAAAAUCUGCAAAAGGCACUCAAGUUGCUCAGCACAGGCUCGGAAUAAACACACACGUUUAGAUGGGUAACUCCGGAAAGAUACCGGCAUAGAGUACCGAGCACUUAGAAAGAAGCACACACUCUUGACAUCGCAAAUACACAGAAUCUUAAUUAUUCGACGGCCACUUGAAGUGGAUGCUUAAUAAACACCUUAAACAAAUUCAGUAUGGGUUAUUUCAAUAUCUCUAUGGUGCAACAAGGAGGAAGACAAUAAAUACAUAACUAAUUAUUAAUAUUUAUUAACACUCAAAUACAUCAGCAGAAUUUGUAAAAUUGAAUGGUGGAUGGUUUGAUGUUCCUGAUGCUUACAUUAUUGUUUCUGGUUCUGCUAAACAUAAUAAGGGAAAGAGUCCGCCAUGAUAAAAACAUUCAGUCUGUUUGUUUUCUUACAGAAAAUCAAUUUGCGUUUUAUUGAUUCAGAAAAAGUUCAGUUUUUUUUUCUUUUUUGGAUGACAGUAUUCUUUCUUUAGUGUUUGUUUAGAGUCAUUUCUUGUAUAUUCUUCGAAUUUUAUUUAAAUCUUUUACUAUAUUCACUUACAAGUUCUGCUGCUUUUCGAAUGUUGCCGCUCGGCUUUUUUUUGGGUUUCCUCUUUCUUUCAGUUACUUACAAUUAGUUGUUUUCCGUUUGUUGAACUAGUCUUACUUUUCUUAAGCGAAAUAAGCACAAAAGCUGCAAAAUGUUUGCUUAAACUAUUUUUUUUUUAAUUUUUCAUUAAAUCAUCAUUUUUAUUUAUCUCCUCAGCUCCAUAUCAUUAAUUUAUGAUUUUUAGCAUUAAAGUUGAGCGCACAAAACGUACGCAUGUAAAUUUGAAAGUUUUAGCAAAGUGGUUGCAUUUUUUCUUAACCUCAUAAUUUAUGUUUCUUUGUUCUGAUUUUGCUAGUUUUUAAUUCAAUUCUUUUCAUAUGCAUAUAAAAAAUGCUGCAAAGCUUCUCAAUGAUGCAAAAAAUUAUAGAUUAAAAAAUACAUAGAGAUUUCAAAGGGUUUUAGCGGAGAGUUACAAAGACAGAUAUACUUAAUUAGCACUUAACGCGGUUCUAUCGCUUGCUUACAAGAAAAUUAAUAAAGAUCUUUAAAAGACUUUGAUUUAAAACUUAAAAAUAGCAACAAGCGAAAUGUACAUUACUUUGCGCCCGGCUGACCACUGAUUAUUUUUAAAUUUUUUUUUCUUUUCUAUAAUUUUGUUUAUUUUUUGUAUCUAAAUGUUAAUAGCUGCUUUUCAUUUGCUAGCUUUAGAAAUUACUUACACCUAUAUUAUGUUUCGCUUUGUUCUUGUUUCUGUUCGUUUGUUUAACAUAAUGAGCAUAUUUCUUGAAUCAUUAUUACCUUCAUUGCAUUGGAAUGACAUCAUUCGGAUCAUCGAUUGAUUUGCCUAGCAUGUUGAAUUAUUUAGAUCCUCCAUCAUUAGCACUUUUAAUUUUGGAUAUAUUCUGGUUUCCUAUUAAUUUUUUUCUCAUUUAUUACGUUUUUCUCAAAAAGUUUCAAAAAAAUAUAUAUGUAUUAUAUUUAUUAUUUUCUUAGAUUGGCCUUAUUAAAAAAUGUUUUUUUUUUUAUUAUGAAUUUCCAUUUUACUUUUUCCUGACACUUUUAUAACUACAUCUGACCUUUGUUUAAAACGCAAUACAAUUAAUUUAGAAUUUAGUUCGUAACUAUUUGGUGUAAGCUGAUUACAUAAAAACUUCAAAUCUAAAAAAUUUAAAAUUAGGAAACCAAAAAUAAAUGUUAAUUCAUAUUAACCUUAAAGCCAAAAACAAAAACCAAGAGUUGAAUUGCGCUCUUUAUUGAGUUUUUUAUUUAGUCUUAAUUCUUGCAAUACAAACUAAAAGUAGACUUAACAAUUUCUUUCAAGCGAUUAAUAAAUUUUUAAUUAAAUUUAUGUUGCGUUGUGUAUCUCAAAUAUGCAAUUUUUUGUAUUUUAUCUGGUUUUUGUAAAAUUUUCUUAAAAGUCAAAUAAUAAAUUAACUACUUAAAAUUAGUUAAAAAACUAAAGUAAUCAUAUUAAACGCAACUAAAACAAAAUUCAGACGAAAAACAAACAUUUAUGCAUAGAGUUAAAUAAUAAAAAAAAAUUUGCAACAAUUUCUUUCUGUUGGCCUAAUUCCCAAUCGAUAGGAAAUCGACUGCAUUUUUAAUUUUAAAACUAAUCCGAGGUUUACAGCGUGCGUAUUCUGCUCCCGUUCUAACUACAGAAAAACUACAAAUUUCUAUUAUUUGUUUGACAUUGAAUUUACAUUCUUGUCAUUGAUUCGAACGCAUAAACGUUACUACCAAUUAUAAAACAUGUCUUCUAUUUCAUAUAUUCCCCGCUUUAACUUUUGCAACGCUUCUUGUUAAUAUGUACUUACUUAAUUACUUAAUUUCUAAUACUUUGAUCUUAGUCUCUAAAUAUUAGUUUAUAUCUCUUCUACUACUUUAACUAUUCCACAAUCUACGCUUCCAUAUUUCUUAUGCUCUCCAACAUUCAUACUUAUGAAUUUCGACGGCGUCUAGUCUAGUAUGCUCCAUUUUUCUUAUAACUAGCAUUAUAAACUCUUGCAUUUAACUUUUAAUUUUAGUUUUCAUUUCUACUUUCCGAUCGUUUGCAAUAAUUUAAGAUUUAACGUGUUUCUGCCUAAAACAGUUGAAAAUCUUGAUUAUGCUGUAUUAGCAAGUUGUAAAGACAAUGGUAAAUAAUAAAAAUUUUAAAUUGCACUCUUUGAAGAUUUAUAGAGCAUGGAAGGGUGUAAGAAGUAUUGUAGGAUUAUAAAAUAAUAAUUUACAAACUUUUUGUAUUUGUGAUUUUGUCAUUUUUUCCUUUUGUUAGUUUCCCUGUAGAGGCGUCUCUUGAUUUCAAAUAUUUAUGGGUAUUUAUUCUUUUUUUCUAUGCAUUUGGAA